AUGGAUUCAAGCCAGGCGCAAUCCCGCCAUUCUUUUCAACCACAAUCUUCUUUUGAUUUUAAUCAAAAUAACAAGUUCAGAGGAGAUUGUCCCCCACGGUCAUUUCCACCAGCUUCUACCAUGGAUCCCAACGAGAUGUCUAUGAAGCAAGAACCUAUAGGAUUAGGUAUGUGGUCAACAACAACACCACCAAAUCCAACCAUCAGACCUCGUCCUGCCACCAUACAUGAGACGGGGUUCUCAUACUGCAUGCCAGAGCAGGGCAACUAUACUUUACCAGCAUGGGACUCUUCGACGAUGCCAAUGCAGCCAAUGCACAAUGGGCUUUCUCAAGAUUAUGCAGUUCAUCAAGAUUUCUUUCCACAAUCAUCGGUUGGCGACCGUGAACAGCAUCAGAAUCAUACUGUUUCCGUCAACAGCAAAGCUUUCUCUGAAUUCGAUUUCACGGAUCAUUGGAACACGAAACCUUGUGACGACGGUAUGGAAAUGCAAGGUCUGGAUACAGACAUGCACAUGGGCCAAGCUUAUACGACGGACGAGGCCGUACCAAUUCUCGAUCUGAGAUGUGGACCUGGAAUGGACUCUGAUCGACCUAGUUUGGAGCGACCAUGGAGUUCGCGGAGGAUGUCUGGCUCUUCCUUCACAUUGUCAACCACGGGGGCUCUUUCUGAAAUGCCAUCAUACGAGGAUUUUUCAACUACAUUGUCAGAAGCACCUUCUUUCACUUCAGAGUAUCCGCCUCUAUCAAAUAGAAAUUCUUUGAUGUCGUCAACACAAUUGUCGCCAGUAGCAUCCCCUAGAAUGACCCCACAAAAUAGAUCCGAAUUGGUAAGAACUCAAAGUAGAGGCAGAGCAUCUCCCUCACCUCGGCCUAGUAUGCGCUCAGCACCAUAUAAUAUGGAUAGCAAUAGAAGCAAGAGGUGGUCUACGGGAUCAUACGCUCCUGCACCGAGUAGACGCCCUUCUCCAUUCGUCUACCAUCAGGGUCAAGAAUCAUUUCAAUCUCCUCACCAACCUCAAAUGUCAUCCCGGCAUUCUUCACCAACGAUAUCUAAUCCCCAUUUGCCUCUCAACAUGGUCAACUUACAGACGCAACAACAUCCAUUUAUGAUGGCCAACAACCUAGCUUAUCAACGGAAUAGUAUGCUUUUACCUUCUCAUUCAUACCAUGAGCCCCAUCAAUUUGACACCCCACCUCCUUUACUUUCUCACGGUCUCUUCCGCAUGCUUCAAAGUAACGCAGAUCCACAUGCAUUACAUACUCAUUACUCUGAUUUGAGUGAUCCCCCUGAUCUUUACGCGUCCUUACAUGAAGAGCAGUUGGCACCUCCGCCAGAAGAUAUGAACCCAUCGGAUCCUGAUCUCAUUCCUCACGAGCAAGAACUACGGUUUGACGGAGAUUUAUACACACCAAGAUGGGUGCGGGGCCAUGGAAACAAGAGAGAAGGAUGGUGUGGCAUUUGCAAACCAGGAAGAUGGCUCGUACUGAAGAACAGCGCAUUCUGGUAUGAUAAAAGUUUCACACAUGGUAUUUCAGCCGCAACUGGACAGCCAUUUCAAGAGCCGCAAGAAACGCGACGCAUGGACGGAAAUCCCGAUGUAUGGGAGGGUCUGUGUGGAAGCUGUAAUGAAUGGGUGGCUCUAGUCAGUAGCAAGAAAAAGGGAACCACUUGGUUCCGACAUGCUUACAAAUGUCACACUCAUCCGAAGAUUAAAGAUGCACCGAAACGCCGACGUGAAUCUAGUCACUCUCGUGCCCUCGGCGCUUCGAAUAUGGCGAAAUCAAAAGCUCACGAUUCUAUUACUUCGAAUCCGCACCAAUCUUCACCAAUGACACCUAGUGUUACUUCGACACCUCGGUAUCAGAGGAAGUCAGCGUUAGGUAGUCCGAUAGAUGACUUGAGUCCUAUGAUAUAA